GGAGUUAAAGCAGAUUCAUCACUGGAUUCGUUUGGUGUGGCACCUGAUAUUCAGGAUAUUUUGACGGCUCAAGCACAACUCGAUCAGCUCGAGGUCAAAGAGAGUGUUGAAGCACAGCUGCAAAGGAUUUCAGUGCCGCUAAGUUUGGUCUUCUUCACGAUGUUCGCUUAUCUGGUGGCUGGCUCAAUAAUAUUUUGUGUUUGGGAAGGAUGGACUUUCUUGGAUAGCUUUUAUUUUUGUUACAUUUCACUCACCACUAUCGGUUUGUCAUUUCUCUUCUCUUAA